AUGAAGUUCACCAGUGCCUGCACCCUCGCCUGCCUCGGCCCUCUUGCCCAGGCCUGCCUCUUGCCUGAGGAGGCGGCUCACGGCAAGAUGGCCAUCCGCCGCCGCCAGGCCGGUGCCGACAAUGGCUUCGCCAUCGGCAAGACGGACAGAUUCGAGGGCGGCAAGCUGUUCCCCCGCGGCCUCGGGACGCAGUCCAACGAGACUCGCUUCGACAGCAUCCUAAGCGUCGAGGAGAUCCGCUCUGGCCUCCAGGGCCUGGUCAACGAGUACGGCAUCGAGACCUUCGAGACGCCCUACGUCACUCACGAGAACGCGACCAUCUUUGGCGGCAAGGUUGGUGGCCAGGGCUCCUGCAACGAGGCCUACCGUGUCUACCUCAAUGCAGCGAUCCAUGCUCGCGAGCGUGGCUCCUCCGACAACCUUCUGUACUUCAUUUCCGAUCUCCUCUAUGCGGACAAGCACAAGACCGGGCUCACCUACGGCGGCCGCUCCUACUCGCGCUGCGACGUCAGCAAGGCGCUCGGCACCGGCAUCGUUUUCUUGCCGCUCAGCAACCCUGACGGUGUCGCCUAUGACCAGGCCACUAACGAGUGCUGGCGCAAGAACCGCAACCCGGCAGGCGCGGUCGACCUCAACCGCAACUUUGACUUCCUGUGGAACCUCACCAAGUUCACGCCCACGGUUGCCCCCAAUGUUGCCUCGGAGGACCCCGAGGCUGAGACGUUCCAUGGCGUGGCUCCCUUCUCCGAGCCCGAGUCUCAGUCCAUCAAAUGGGUGAUGGACACCUUCAACAAGGUCCGCUGGUUCAUGGACAUCCAUUCCUUUGCCGGCGUUGUGCUGUACAGCUGGGGCAGCGACGAAAACCAGUCUCGGGACACGAACAUGAACUUCUUGAACCCCGAGUAUGAUGCCUCUCGCGGCCUGAUGCCAGACAGCCCCGCGGAGGGCCUCGUCUAUGGCGAAUACAUCCCCUCAAAGGACUGGUCCGAGGUCAUCUACGCCGGCAUGCGCACCGGCAAUGCCAUGGACGGCGCCACCGGCCGCCACUACGAGGUCACGCAGGCCGCUUACCUAUACCCGACCUCCGGCGCCAGCGACGACUACGCGUACUCGCGCCACUUUGCCGACCCCAGCCUCAACCGCAUCAACGGCUACACCGUCGAGUUUGGCUUCGGCAAUGAGAACGCCUCGUGCCCCUUCUACCCGACCGAGGAGCAGUACCACCUCAACAUCCUCGAGACCAACGCCGGCUUCAUGGAGUUCCUCCUCUCCGCGGCCGAGAUUGGUCUUGGCGAGCCCGCUAUCUGCUGA